CACUGUCCCUCACAGUCUUCUGAACUGUCAGACACUGCUGAGGAUCCUGAUGUCUACUGCGCCAAAAAGAAACAGUCACCAUGUAGUGAUACAUGCUGGGUGCAUUGCCCUGGCUGUUAUUACUCAGGUGAUCACACAGGUCAUCUUUAACCUGGCGAAGGAUAGCUGGGUGCCCAACGCUUUGUUUCAGACCUCGUGCAGAAAUGUCUCUGAGACCUUCCCCCUGGAGGUGACGAUGGACUGGUGGUCGGAGCUGUACUGGAUUAUGAUUGAUGUUUGGUCACUUGCUUGGCUCAUCUAUGCCAUGGCAGGCAUUUUCAACAGAAAUGUCCUUGGCCCAGAGUCUUGCAACCCAGAGAUCCAUCCUCCAGAGUUUUAUCUGAUGUGGACCAUGAUUAAUAUUUCAAGAAUGUUCAGCACAAUGCUUUGGGACAGACACUUCAUUCUUGGCACCGUCACACUCAGCUGGAUACUACCUGUGCUCAGUUUCUAUAUGCUCUACAUUUCCUACUCUAACCUGGAUAAGCACAAAGCCUGGCUGUCUAUCAACAACCCUGCAGUGAUUUCAUGGACACGUUACCUGACCCAGAACAGCUUGGCAGCAUUUGCCUGGUGGUCUCUCUUGAAUGCUGUGGUGGGUCUCGGUGUAUUAUUCAAGCACACCGUAGGUGUGCCGGACCCACUGAUCAGCACCAUUGUCCUCACCAUAGUGUUCUUGUGUGUUAUAGCUUGGUUCAUUCUGCAGAGCUUCCUGUUAAAAAAAUACCUGCGCUACACAUUUAGCGUCUAUGCCAUCCUCAUCCUGGGCCUGGGUGCAAUGUUUACCAGAAGCUAUCGCAUCCACGACCUUGCUGCAAACACAGUCUUUUGUGGGUUCCUGAUGCUCCUGAUGACCAUUCUGAGCAUGAUCCAUUUGAUCUCUGAGUGUCUGCACACAGAUAAAUCGAGCAAGCCUCAUGCUGCAGAGCCUGGGGUGAUGUUUGUGCAGACAGUGUGGCAACCUGAGGGGAACAUAAAACACAAACUCCAACAGUGACGACAUGAAAACAAAACCUGAGAACAAUCAAAUAAAAAGAUCUCCUGCAACAGUGA